CAGCAGCAGCGGAAGCAGCAAAAACAAGAACAAUAGCAACAAUCGAUCGGAACAAUAACGAACGUUCUAAAUAGCAACAACAACAAUCGGUGCAAAUAGAGCGACCGCCCCGCGCCGAGCAAUGGUACAUCGAGGGAAAUCUGGCACAUUCGCAGCGAUGCUGAGCUUGGCCAGCCUCUGCCUCGGCCUCUGCCUCUGCCUCUGCCUGGGUCGCUGCGACGCCUACUUUAGCUUGGAGAUUGGCGAUCCCUGUCCCACCGUGGGCUACCGCAGUCGUUGCCAGUCGGCUGAGGCUGAGUGCGGCACGCUGGCAUCGCACAUCCAGGUGGGACACCUGACGCCCCAGACGAUUGCGGGCUGUGGAUUCACCAGUCGCGGCGAGAAGAUCUGCUGCCCACUCGAGAAUGCCUCAAACAUGGACGUUCGCAUCGAUUCCAACGAAUCCACAACGACAACGACAACGACAACAACAACCACAACGACAAGCACAACAACAACCACUCAGAUACCCACAACGACGUCCACAACGACAGAAGCGCCUGGGGCCGAUGGCUGGCUGAAUAUUUUCCAAACGGAUCACGAGUUCCUGCAGCGCUCGAUAGAGCCCACCCGGCGUCCGGCGCGUGACAGCUUCGUGUAUCCGGACACCAGGGAGGGGGCGGAGUGCAGGGCCCCGCUGUACGAGGGCGAGUGCCGGGCCGUGUCCGCCUGCCCCAGCGUGGAGCCGCUGCUGGCGCAGGGACGACUGCGCGACGAGGACUUCAUGACGUGCCGUGACGGAGCCAGGGAGGAGAUCAUCUGCUGCCCCCUCAAUCUGCCGCUGCAGCCGCGCGGCCAGGUGAAGACCGCCACCCGCCUGGGUGUACCCCCACUGCCCACGCGAGCUCCGGUGCCCAAGGAGAUCGAUAUCCAAGAGGUAGCCGCCAUUGCCAGGGCCGACGCCCUGCUGCCCCACUACCGCCACCUGGGGGCCCUGGCCCACCACAAUGCCGCCUUCGAUGGGCAUCUGCACCACUGCGCCGCCAUUGUCCUGACACCGCAGUUCCUGCUGAGCGCCGCCGGAUGCGAACGGCCCAGCCAUGCCGUUUUCGGGGUGGCAGACAUGCGGGACGUGGACGUCGACGAGGACUACCUGGUGGACAUUGUGCGCUUGGAACAGUUCCGGCGGGAUCUGGCUCUGAUGCGGCUGCAGGAGCCACUGCGUCUGGGGAGCGGGGCGUCUGCGAACGUCAGUGUGGCGCCCAUCUGCAACCAGUUCGAGCUGACGCGUCUCCAGGUCAGCGGGCGCCUGGUGGCCGUCGGAUGGGGCAAGGGCGAGGACACCGAUUGCCCUCUGUACGAGAUGCCCAUGCGCCUGCGUCCCACCCGGGCAUGCGGCGACCUGCCCAAUUACGGCAGCGUUCAGGAGCUGCCCAGCUCGCACCUGUGCGUCGAGCCCCAGCAGCCGGAGACGGACCUGCAGCCCUUCUCCAAUGCCAGCUCCUGCGCCGCCUGCCCCGGCACCGUGGGCAGCGUGCUGCACCUGGUGCGGCCCAACGCCAGCCGCUGUGUCCUGGGCAUCGCCACGCCCACGGGCGUCGAUUGCGAUGUCCGCGUCAUGUACUUCACGAACCUCCUCAGUCCCCAAUUCACGCUCUUCGUGGAGCAGCAGCAGCAGCAGCCACAGCAGGGGUAGUAGUCGUAGUCGUAGUCGUAGUCAUAGUCUCCAAGUCGUAGUUAGUUAACCUUAGUUAGUAUAAACUGUUUAAUCUGUUUAAGCCCGUGUGUUAGAAGAGAGAGGAGAGCGCAGCGCGUCCAGUGUGACCCCAGCAACGGUGGAGCACCAGUGCCAGUGUGAGGAGAGCCCCCAAGUGGGACGUGGGAAUGAAAGAACUUAAUGCACCAGUGAUCAAUAUGCAUAAAUACCCGUACUCCGUACACUCCGGAAAUACUCCCAGAAAGAGACCAAACUCCAAUUAAAUUGAACUAUUUUUGAGAGUGUGCAAACACCGUUCCACAGUGCGCCCUCUCAUUCAGAUCAGUGUGCACACACCAUCCCAAUGGGAGCUCAUCGGAAAUACCUCGCCGUAUGGUACAGUGCUUCCCCUGCGUAAUCUCUGGGCACAUGUUGUGUGCUGUGUGCUG